AUGUACUGUACGAGCCAAUCGCAGGAGCUCGACGCUGGAGCCCUCUCGCCGACGAAAGUUUCCUGUUCGGCCGCGCUGGCAGCACCGCAGUCGUUCACGGCCGCACGUUCUCUUGUUCCUCAGAUACUCGGCGAAGCGAGCAAGCGGAAGCAGUACGACACGUGGGGCUCGGCAGGGGACUUCGGAGCCGGUGCCGGCGCGGGACCCGGAGGCUUCCAGGGAUUCCAGUCGAGCAUCGACCCGGAGGAGCUCUUCAGGAAGAUAUUCGGCGACCUCGGAUUCGGAGGUCAGCGGGGCGGGGCCAGGGGCUUCCAGCAGCAGCAGGAUCCGUUCUCGAACUACGGCUUCGCGGAUGGUCCUUCACAGCAGAUGACGAUGAGUCUCAGCUUCCAGCAGGCGGCCCGCGGCGUCAACCGGGACAUCACGCUCAACGUGUUGGACACGUGUGCGACGUGUAAGGGCUCGCGCGCCGCCUCGGGAACAAAGGUCGAGCGAUGCCCGCAGUGCAACGGCACGGGAAUGGAAACGGUGAGUACGGGUCCGUUUGUGAUGCAGAGCACAUGUCGUCGUUGCCAUGGCACCACCCAGCAUGUGCCGCACCCGUGUCAGACGUGUCAGGGCCGUGGCUCGACCAUGCAGAGGAAGACUGUCACCGUUCCCGUGCCCGCCGAAUUAAAGUCGUUUUCAGUCAUUUUAGUCAGAACCCGUGCUCAGAGUUACAGCCAAGGAAAUGUAUUGGGACUCAGGAGUAGUCUGCUGGCACCGACGAUAGUUUGCAGUCAAGAGAGGUUUCCACACAACAAGUGGCAGAUUUCUCGGACGUUUCACGGAUCCGGAUAUAACUCACAGAAAGACUUCUACAAAAUUCUUGGCGUUCCUAAAAAUGCCCCGCAGAAAGAUGUGAAAAAAGCAUAUUAUGAACUAGCUAAAAAAUAUCAUCCAGACACAUCGAAAAACGAUCCAGAUGCCUCUCGAAAAUUCAAGGAAGUAUCAGAAGCGUACGAGAUACUCGGCGAAGCGAGCAAGCGGAAGCAGUACGACACGUGGGGCUCGGCAGGGGACUUCGGAGCCGGUGCCGGCGCGGGACCCGGAGGCUUCCAGGGAUUCCAGUCGAGCAUCGACCCGGAGGAGCUCUUUAGGAAGAUAUUCGGCGACCUCGGAUUCGGAGGUCAGCGGGGCGGGGCCAGGGGCUUCCAGCAGCAGCAGGAUCCGUUCUCGAACUACGGCUUCGCGGAUGGUCCUUCACAGCAGAUGACGAUGAGUCUCAGCUUCCAGCAGGCGGCCCGCGGCGUCAACCGUGACAUCACGCUCAACGUGUUGGACACGUGUGCGACGUGUAAGGGCUCGCGCGCCGCCUCGGGAACAAAGGUCGAGCAAUGCCCGCAGUGCAACGGCACGGGAAUGGAAACGGUGAGUACGGGUCCGUUUGUGAUGCAGAGCACAUGUCGUCGUUGCCACGGCACCACCCAGCAUGUGCCGCACCCGUGUCAGACGUGUCAGGGCCGUGGCUCGACCAUGCAGAGGAAGACUGUCACCGUUCCCGUGCCCGCCGGUGUGGACGACGGACAGACGGUGCGCAUGCCGAUCGGUAAGAAGGAGAUCUUCAUCACGUUCCGAGUCCAGCGCAGCGACUACUUUCGUCGCGACGGCGCUGAUGUACACACUGACGCCGUCAUCGGUGUCGCGCAGGCCAUCCUGGGAGGCAGCGUGCGCGUGCAGGGUCUCUACGAAGACGUUAACCUAGCGAUUUCGCCCGGUACAUCCUCUCACGUGCGAGUGAGGCUGGCUAAUAAGGGCAUAGCGAGAGUGAACAGUCACGGAUUCGGCGAUCACUACGUCCACAUCAAAGUGAAGGUCCCAACCAAGCUGGAUGAGAAGCAGAGGGCGCUACUGCUGGCGUUCGCCGAACUCGACAAGGACUCGACGGGAACCGUGAACGGCAUCGUACAGACAGAAACCGGUAACCGCGCGGCAGACGACGAGGACGAGGAGCUGGUUGCCGAGAUACGGCGCGUCGUCAACGGCGACGCCGGCCUCGGAAAGAAGAAGAUAGCGGACGAGAUUGAAGAAGUCGCCAACGACACGCGGCAGACGUGAGCGCCGACAGGGGGCGCCACGCAACACCCGAGGACCGUAAACGCGACCGCCAGGGGGCGCUACAUUGGUUUCUCGAAUCGCGCGAGGGGAGGGAGCUGUCUUUUUUUUAGUUAGGGAGAAGCGAAGUCGAGGUGUGGUAGGUGUAGAGGCAUGUAGUAGAAGCUUGGCACAUGUCAGGACAUGGUGCAAUUAAAUUAACCCCCGGGCAGUCCCUCUUAUUACUUGAGUGGUUUAGCGAUGGCUUGCACACAUAGUGAAAGCCACUGUGAAAGUAUGUAGCGAACUGUAGAGUGAAAAUAUCACAACUCCUCUUGCGUACGGGCGACUAGGAAGUGGUUCUUUGCGCCACACAGGUUGACCAGGUCUUCCCGACAACGCUGAACAAAAGUCGCUUAAAACACAAUUUUCCUCGACAGUGAAUUCACGUCCUUUUGUUUUCGCUUACUCCCAAGCUGUAGCUGCAACUACAAUCUGUUGAAAGCCGGGGAUUCAAUCGAUUUAGUUGUGACAGUAGAUGCAGGUGGGUGUCGAGGUUUCGUUGAUCGUUGUGUACAUAGCCUCGAGUUUCAUCAUAUACUUGAUAAAAAGUUCAAUCACGGGAAUGGUAUUGAAACAACACUUGUCGAUUUAUUAUGGCGCGAGUAAAAGUCGCGGAGGACAUUACUGGCUCAUGACUGCUUUGCCAUCACCCCUCAUCACAUUAUGCGGGAUUGCUUCCGAAAGACACAUUAAACACAAACUACUGAAACAUCUCGAAUAUUGCCUAGCAUACUGAAUAUUGCAUUUUUGUCUUUUCGCGCAAUAGAACUUGUGCAUGGGGUCGAAUCGAUUAGGAUCAUUACUCGGGGGGUGGGGGGAAAGCAAAACUACAAGAAAUGAAAACGAACA